AUGGAUGAGCAUGAGUCUAAUACUAGUCCUCCUCCAAGUAAAGAUCAUGAAACUCAAAAUGUGUGUAAUAAUGAGUUUGAGAAUGUUGAUGCAGUUGAAGAGGAUAUGGAUGAUAGUGUAAAACUUAGAGAAUCCUCUUGUAGUAAGAAAAGUGAGAAGUCAAGAACUUCUUAUGUGUGGAAAUAUUUUACAAGGGUUGGGGUUGGUGAUGAUGGAAAAGAGAGGGCAAAGUGUAAUGGGUGCAACAAAAAGUAUGUUAUUGGUAGUAAAAACUAUGGCACAUCUCAUUUGAAGCGUCACAUGGAGAAAUGUAGUAAACUUAAAUUUGAAGAUGUUAGGCAAAUGAUAGUGGAUGGGCAAGGAAAGUUAAAAGCUAGAAGAAUAGAUCCAAUGGUUUCCCGACUAAAGGCUCUUGGUGAUUCAUUAGAUCAUAUUAGGGAGAGCAUAAAGUAUGUAAAGGGUUCUGAAAGUAGGAUGAUGAAGUUUAAACAAUGCAUUGAAAAAUUAUGGGACAUUGAUGCAAAAACUGCUUUGUGUAUAGAUGUUCCUACAAGGUGGAACUCUACUUUUUUUAUGCUUGAAAGUGCCCUCAAAUAUAAACGAGUGUUUGGAAGUUUGCACUUGGUUGAUGAGAAUUAUAAGUAUUGUCUGUGUGAUGAGAAAUGGAAAAGAGUGAAAAAAAUCUGUGUUUUCUUAUUGCCCUUUUAUGAGAUUACAAAUAUGAUUUCUGCCACAAGCUACCCUACAUCAAACUUGUACUUUUUACAAGUGUGGAACAUCCAAACCCUUUUACUGGAAAGCUUAAAAUAUGAAGAUGAAGUUAUCAGAGAUAUGGCUGAAAGGAUGUUGGUAAAGUUUGAUAAAUACUGGGAUAAAUAUAGCACUGUCCUUGCAUUUGGGGCAAUUUUAGACCCAAGGAUGAAGUUGAAAACAUUGGGCUAUUGCUAUGAGAAGAUAGAUCCUCUAACUUGGGAAGCAAAGUUAGAAAAGAUUAAAGAAAAAUUGUACAAGUUGUUCUCUGAAUAUUGCUCCAAGAGUGACACUUCCAAUCCCCUAAAGCGUAAGCAUAGUGAUAUGCAUAUGUCAACAACAUCAUCCUCAAUUGAUUCUAUAAAGUCUAAUGCACUUCAUGAAUUAAAACAAUGCAAGAUUCAAGCUUCUGUUAAUACGGGAAAGAACCAACUUGACAUAUACUUGGAUGAGCCAACAUUGGAUGCUGAUAUUACUGAAAGUAUGGAUGCUCUUGAAUGGUGGAAGAGUAAUAGUCAACGUUUCUCAGAUUUGUCAAUCAUGGCUAGGGACUUGUUGAGCAUCCCAAUCACUAUUGUUGCAUCUGAAUCUGCUUUCAGCAUUGGUUCAAGGAUCUUGAAUAAGUAUAGAAGUCGUCUAUUGUCAAAACAUGUUGAAGCAAUUAUUUGUACUAGCAGCUGGAUGCAUGGGUUUCGAGAAUAUGAUGAUGAUGUUGAUGACAAUGGAAUAGCUGAGGGGAGUACUUCUAAGGCUGCAUCUAAUAACCCUGGCACUGAAUUGGAUAUUGAUGAAAACUGA